CUCAGCAUGGCAAAGGGCAAGACUGCAAACCCCGCAGAUGCAUUCAGAAAGGCACAGCGGAAGAAGGAGUUGAAGAAGAACAAGGCGGACCGUGCCAAGACACGAGAUUUCGCGCUUGUGAAGAAGGAUACGCGAGACCUUGAGGAUGAGGUACAGAAGCUGGAGUCUGCAGCGGAACCGUCUGCUGCCGACAAGUCGCGUCUGGCCGAAUUGAAAGCUGAGCUCGAGAAGAUCAAUAAGAAGAAGGAAGAGUAUGUCAAUGAGCAUCCUGAACAGCGGAAGCUCGUCUACAAGUCUCGCCGUACGAAUGAGGCCCGUGAAGAGACCAAGGAGGAAAGCACGAAGCCCAAAACGCGCAACUUGUUCAGGAAGAACGGUCUUCCCCGUCAUCCCGAGAGGAGUAUCUACUAUGAUCCCGUCUACAAUCCGUAUGGCGUACCGCCACCUGGUAUGCCAUAUGUAGAGCGAGCGCUCCUUCCCAACGAAGUAGACAGCGAAGCCGAACCGGAGUCUGAUGAUGACAUUGUCAUGCCCGAAGGGCCGCCUCCAGAAGAAGAGGAAUCUGACGACGACGACGAUGACAUCCCUAUGCCUGAAGGUCCCCCUCCCCCCAAGCCAGGUCAACAAGUUAUCGCCUCACCACCAUUGCCUCCCCCUCCCCCUGGAGCAUACCCACCUCCACCGAACGAUGUCUAUGUUCCUCCGCCACCUCCCGGAUUCGCAGGCGGACCUCCGCUUCCUAGCCAUCCACUUCCCUUGCCGCCACCUCCCCCUCCAGUUUUUCCUGUGAUGGCCCCGCCAGCCGGUGGUUUCGCCCCACCACCUCCACCACCACCGGGCUUCUCACUCAUGUCGCCGCCUCCUCCACCUCCGCCUGGCUUCCCUAUGAUGUCAGGCGCGCCUCCUGGCAUGCCUCCCCCGCCUCCGCCUGGCUUCCCGGCAGCGUUCCCGCCAUUCUCUCCAAUGAUGCAAAUGCAACCACCUAUGCCCCCGCCCCCGCCGGGCUUCUAUCCCCGGCGCGGCCCAAACUCUGGCCCGAUCCAGGACCCGCUCUCCGCCGUCCCGCACCAAACUUAUCAAGCGCACCGCGCAUCUCGUGCAGCCGGCGGCUCCGCGCCCAAGGCCGUUUCAGGCGGCGUCCGUUUGGGCGCGCCAGCCCCGUCGUCGGGUCCCUCAGCUUCUGCGGUCAUCUCAGCGGAACCAGAGCUGAGGGACUUCAAAAAGGAAGCCACCGCAUUCGUCCCGACCACCUUAAAGCGGAAGAAAGCGGGGGUCGGCGCAUCGAAGGUCAACGCUGCACCGACAGUCGAUCCUUCGGAAGACCAGGGCGAAGAUGCAGAGCCCGCGCCGGCUGCACGGCCUGAUUUGCUCAGCACCCUACAGGAUAAGUUUGGGGCACCGCCUCCGAAGAAGGCGAAGACUGAGGCAAACACUGUGAAGGCGGCGCCUGUGAAGCCGAAGGACGAUUACGAUAAGUUCUUGGAGGAAAUGGGUGACAUCCUGGCGAAACCUCCUAGUUGAACGAUUGCUGUAUUUUAGCGUUGUGCUGUAUAAUGAGGGCAAACUAUACGCAAUACUACCCUAGUUUUAUGAACCGAUAAUUCCA